CUUUCCCAGACAUGAAUUUUCUUUGGGAAUAUUCAGGAAUUUCUGGAAAGAAGAAAGCGGGUCUCCUCCGUAACCAGGCAUCCGAAGCAAGGUCUCAUCAGACGGUUCACCAGGAAGAAUACUCGGUUGUGAAAUGCGUUGCCCCAAAGCUCAACAGUAUUUGUGUCCUACUUUAGCUUAACAGAUAUUUGUAUCUGUUGCCGCCUACCGUUACCAAUGAGAGACUCCACAAUGUUUAAUCCAGAGGGCAGUGCCUUAUUAAAGGCUGUGUGGCAGGGCAAAUUCAGACUCACGCGUCUCCUGCUGGAGGGGGGAGCCUACAUAAAUGAAGGGAAUGCCCAAGGGGAGACGCCACUGAUAGCAGCUUGCCUAGCUAAAUAUGACGACCCUCAGAACAAGUGUCGGAUGGUGAAAUAUCUUUUGGAAAAUGGGGCAGACCCCAACAUGCCAGACAAAAUGGGAAAAACUGCUCUAAUGCACGCCUGCUGCAAUCUAACUGCGGCGGCUGUAGUUUCUGUGCUGCUUGAGCAUGGAUCAGACCCUAGUAUGAAGGAUUACUCCGGUACAUCGGCACUCAUGUACGCGAUUAACAAGGGGGACCGCGAAACCUUAAGGGUUCUCCUCGAUGCAUGCAAAGCUAGAGGCAAGGAAGUCAUCAUUAUUACCACUGAUACGUCUCCGUCUGGAACUAAAAAGACAAAGCAGUAUCUUAACUCGCCUCCGUCUCCAGGAAUGGACGAAAAACAAUCCCUGGCGGUAUGCAUGUCGCCGUCAGAUAUAGACAUAAAGACAUCCCUGUCCCCGGCUAGUGAAAAAGAAGAAGCAAGGGAUGUCUUUAACUUCAAUAUGGGGACCAGGCCCACAUGUGCUCCAUCCUGCAAACUUGACGUUAAGCCGCCGGAUCAUCCGCCCACCAAAGGUAGAAUGAUCAACAAGAAGCAACUAAAGAGGCUCAAUUCUGAACCUUGGGGUCUAGUUGCUCCAUCGGUGUUGCUGGCAUCUCAUCUAGCAGUACCCACAGAGAAAAUUACAGUUGAAGAAGAUGAAGAGAAGAUCAUUGCAGAUGUAAAUAAUCUGUCCAUUAACAAAAGGCCAGUGUUAUCCAGACGUCACAGCAUUGAAGGACAGGACUCAUCUUGCUUCAAAACCGGUGGCCAGUCGCCUGAAGAAGAUCCCUCGGCUCCUGACUCUUCAUGGGCUGACAAAGUCCAUCUCAGCCAUCUUCACCAGCCACUAUCAAGGCGCAAUACAGCACCCGAGGCUCAGGAAUCAUCAAAUGCCACAUUGGCUCCUACUGUAGGGACUGCCUUACGUGCAGUUGCCCAUCAUAAGUUGACUCGCAUGGACCACUAUGAAUCGGAUUCCCAUCUUUGUCCCGAUUCUAUCCCAGGUUCCCCAGACUCUGGCCGUGUGUCAUUAGAAAGGCGGAAAUACAAUGCUUCUCCAUUGACGCUCUUCACCAGUUCUUCAAGGGAGUCUUUAGAGAGCAUUCCCAGCGCCGUUUCACCGAUGAGUGUGCGACGCAGAACCCCGGGUCUCCUAGAAAGACGUGGAUCUGGAACACUUCUUUUGGACCACAUUUCUCACACCAGGCCAGGCUUCUUACCACCACUGAACAUCAACCUUAACCCUCCAAUUCCAGACAUCCGAUCUAAUGGCAAAGUACCUUCGCCUGUCCACGCAAGCCAGAAGCCACUUAUCCCCAUGGCCCCAACCUCUCCCAAACACUUUGAUGCCAAAGCAAAGAAAAAGCUCAUUCGAAGGCAUUCUAUGCAAACCGAACAGAUUAAACAGCUGGUCAGUUUUCAAAAUCUAUUUGCCCAAAGUGAAUCUACAAAUUAAUUCACAAAAAAAAUUAACAUUUCCAACUUUGGCCCACAUGAUCACCAGAGCCGAUACAAUAAUUAACUCUUUCAUGG